UUGUUCUCUCUUCCCUCUCUUCUUUUCUUUCUCUCGGCUAGCUCCCUGCUCGCAUCUAAUGACCAUGGCUCUCAUCCUGGCUCUCGGCCUCUCAACCUCAACCUCUCUGCUCUCUCGCUCGGCUCUCAGCCUUAUGGUCGUGGCUCCAUCGCUCCUUGCUCGCUCUCGUCUUGCUCUCUUGGAUUUUGCAGGGUAUGAUCCUCAUAAAGGGAAGGGGAUUUUUAGAUUUUCAAUACCAUCAAGAUAUGUUUUCCUUUCACAUUUGAAUUUAGGUAUGGCAUCAUCUGAUAAGCCGGCUAUAGUUGAAAGGGAUGCUAAGGAGAAAGAUCACAAGGAAGAUGAAAAGGAAGAGGGGAAGGAAGGUUUCAUUGAAAAGGUCCUACAAGACAUCGGUACUAGCUGCUAGAGGGACUUGGACGGUUGUUUUAAUUUUAGAUUACGUAAGUGUUUUGUGUAUGUAAUAAAUUUAGUUCAAAAUAUCUUUUAGAGAUUGUAAGAACAUGUUAUGUUUUAAGUACAAUUGUAUGUAUUUGAGGAUACAGUUAGAAACUUUGAAUAUUUCUAUUAGAUUUCCAAAUAGAUGCUUAUGUU